AUGGUCAAAGUCUUCUUCUCCCUCAGCGCGUUGGCCGCUGCCGUUAUGGCUGGCUCCAUCACGGACCUCCCCGAGUCUGUGACCAAGCUCAUCGACUACUCCGCAAACCCCUGUGAUGACUUUUACCAAUAUGCGUGUGGCGUAUGGAUCAAUGAUACUGUGAUCCCCCCGGACGAAUCCUUCAUCGAUGUUUUCUCCGAGAUUUACAUCCAAAACCAAGCCGUGUUGACGAAGAUUUUGUCUGACAACAAGCCCAAGCUUGGCGAGUUCUACAACUCCUGUUUGGACACGGAUACGCUGUCGGCGCUCGGCCUGGCACCGUUGGCCGACUCGUUCGAAGCCAUUCGGUCGGCCAACACCACGUUGGACCUCCUCGUCGUGGCUGGUGAAUUGGCCAAGAACGGCAUCCCUGCCUUUGUCAACAUCAAGGCUAGUGCUGAUGACGCCAACGCAGUCAACAACGCCCUCUUCGGUUUCCAAACCCCCUUAUCGCUUCCUCAUCUUCUCUACCUCAUUCCAUUCGUAUGGGAUGUUGUCGAAGCCAAGUACAAGGUGUACAUUGCAACGGUUUUGCAGUUGGCUGGAUACACUGCCGAAGAAGCGGCGGCUGCCGUGCCGGUGAUCAUUAGUUUUGAGCAAAGUCUGGCCGGUGUCUCCCUCAGCAAGCUCGAAGAGAUGGAGGCCAUUGCGACUCCGUACACUGCGCUCACGUUUCACCAACUGGACCAGGAGUACCCGCUCGUCAUCGGCUCGUGGCUCAAGGCCCACGGCUUCAACGUCCGCGAUGAGUGCGGUGGGUCGAACGACUGGGUGGGGUUUACCGACUUGACCUACUUUGAAAAGGCCGAAGCGUUAUUAACGAACACGACGUUGGACGACCUCCGCACCAUCGUAGAGUACAAGCUCAUCCACGCCUCGUCCACGCACCUGACCCCUGAAUUCCGCACGGCCAACUGGAACUUCAUCGGCAGACUAGCCGGUCAACAGGUGGAGCCUACUCGUGAAAAGUUUUGCGUCGCCCAAGUGGAUAAAACCGUUGGUGAACUCCUGUCCCAGUACUUCUUAGAGGAGGUGUGGUCGGCUGACACAGCCAAGACGGCCGACGAACUGGUCAAGGCAUUGGAGUCGUCCUUCUCCACUGGCAUUACCACCGCCGACUGGUUGGACAACUCGACCCGUGCCAAUGCGCAAACGAAACUGUCCAAGUUUGAGCACUUGUUGGGUGGCCCGGAGAACCCGCAGCUGUACCCCACGCUGACGUUGGACUCAACGACUUAUUUGAACAACCGCUGGAAGAUCUCUCAAGUGGACAUCGACACCAACUUGAAACUGAACGGCCAACCUGUGGACAAGCGCAACUUCGGUUUGUCCCCCCAAGAGGUAAAUGCGUACUACAGCCCCUCCUUGAACCAAAUUGUGUUCCCGGCCGGCAUUUUGCAAAGCCCGUUCUUUAACGGCCAGUUUGACGCCGCCCAGAACUUUGGUGCCAUCGGGGCGUUCAUCGGACACGAAAUUACCCACGGGUUCGACAACAUCGGCCGCAACUUCGAUGGCGACGGAAACUUGAAGUCGUGGUGGUCGAAUGCCACCAACACUGCGUUCAAGGCGAAGGCCCAGUGCAUAAGCGACCAGUACGACAACUUUGUCGUCAAGAGCGAAGUGACUGGCACUAAGUUGGGCAACGUCAGCGGCAAGCUCUCUUUGGGUGAGAGUAUUGCCGACAACGGGGGACUCAAGACCAGUUUCCGCGCGUACCACGAGUACUUGAAGAAGUUCCCGUCACAGUACACUGAAGAAGCUGGCGACAAGUUGUUCUACUUGUCGUACGCCCAAAGCACUUGCGCCAAGUACACGGAUGCCUACCUCGAGGUGCUUUUGGCGGACCCCCACCCGCCCAAUCGGUUCCGCGUGACGGGGGCGUUGCAAAACGAUGCUGAGUUUGCCCGUGUGUUCAAAUGUCCCAUCGACUCGAACUUAAACCCGUCCAAGAAGUGCUUGUUGUGGGAAUAG